AAAUCUACAACUGAUGAUGAUACAGAACAGAGUCACAGCUUUGAAUGCAAGUAUCAUAUUAGCGAUCCUAACAAUGACACAUUCAUUAUACUGGAGAUAACUUCUCUUCCAAGGAAAGGUAGUACAGUGGUCAUUGUUUCCUACAAUGCCUCACGUUACAUCCUUGAAGUUACUUGUGAACAAGAAAUUCUAGUAAUACCGUCGAAUUCUGUGGAUGUUGUGGUAAAAUCUUUGCAAGCUAAAAAUGCCGAAAUUCUUCUUUGCGUACAGUACCUACAUAAGGACUCACAAGAAAUUGCGCUCAGAUCCAAUGCUUUCACUAUUAAAUGGCUUCCAUCAAUGGAAGAAAAGAAAAUCAGCAACAUGUUCCACUCAUUAAAAUUCGUUGUUGACAAUGUGCAUAUGGGAAGAACUAACUCUAGCACCCUCUUGUUUGAAGGACUGAAUAAAACCGAAGACUCAUUAUCGGUCAAUAGAGACGGCCUUCUCAAAAAAAUUAAUUCGCCUGUUACCUAUAGAAUUGAAGAUUCAUUCAAAGAGCUGCAAAUAGAAGUUACUCAGAAGAGUGCAAACUUUUCAAUGGCCAUACGAUACUCUCAAGACUGUCCAGAAUUUCUGCUGCCAAGAGGUGUGAAUUGCUCAUCAUUGAGAAAAUAUAAUCAAUUUGGAAGUUCGGUUCACUUUACAUGUGCCCAAGGUUCAAAACUUUAUGGUGCAGAUCAUGCCAAGUGUUUGAUGGGAGGAGAAUGGUCUUCGAACCCUCCAACCUGUUUAAAAACUCCACCAAAAUUCUGCGCACUUCCAAUAAUUGAAUCUGGCUAUGUGAAUAAUGUGGAGUCACCAACUGGACGUUUAACCUAUAGUUAUGGAUCAAAAUUGUUUUAUGGUUGCAAUUUUGGCUAUACAAAAAAUUUAUCAGUACCGGUUUGUACUGAAGGAAAAUGGGUGCCAUCUCCUCUUUGUACGGUUGGCAACUGUAACUUCCCGAAAACUUCCUAUAAGAAUAGCACAUUCUAUUCUGCACAUGGGAAUGACACUACCUUGAACAUUCUCACUCGUGUGGAUUACGAUGGACCAGAC